CAUCGUUCAUUUCACAUCAUCAUCAGCUCAUCAUCGCAAGCAAACAAGCUAUCCACAUUAUCCCUCAAAACAAACCCACAAACAACACUCCAAUCUUCAACAUGAAGCUCAUCGCUAUCUUCGGCCUCUUGGCAGCUCUUUCCAUUGCUACUCCUGCUCCUGUUGGUAAGAAUAUCCAAUCCCUUUCCGUGGCACUGGGGAUGUCCUCAAUUAUCAGAGUAGCUAACAAGUUGCAGCGCACCCCGAGGAAGAAGUGCCGGCCAAUGUCGACGAAAUCUCCAAGGCUCUCUACGGUGGCAAGUGGAAGGAUGUUUAGGGGGUUGUGUUGGAUGAAUGUGCAACGGUCAAGUUCUCAUCUGUGAUAAUGUUGGGAAUCUCAGAUGCCAAGUUGUGCAUUGGUAUUACAUUGGGUGUCAUGGUUGUAGUUAGGACUAUCUACACUCAUUGACAAUAUGACAUCCUAUAUCUCUGAAUUUAUCUGCAUGGUCGAUUAUUGAUAUAUUAUCAUCCUUACAGGGU